AUGAGAGUGGACGACUUGCAAAUAUCCUGCUAUCGUUUAAUGUGCAGCAUCUACUCUUUGGGCACGGUGAAGACUCCACAUGUAGAGAAACAGCGACCGGCUCUUGGCGAGUGUUUGGCUCACUUAGCAGCUGCCAUGCCAGUGGCCUUCCUGGAGCCAUCCCUGAAUGAGUACAACAUGUUCUCUGUUUACACCACCAAGACUCCCAGAGAGAGAACCAUUCUGGGUCUCCCGAGCCAAGUGGAGGAGCUGUGCCCGGACAUCCCCGAGCUAGAGGUCCUGUUGAAGGAGAUCCACGACCUGGCCGAGUCAGGGGCUCGCUACACAGAAAUGCCCCAUGUGAUUGAGAUCACCCUGCCCAUGUUGUGUAACUACCUGCCCCGCUGGUGGGAGAGGGGCCCGGAGAAUCUCCCCGAGCAGGAGGGCCAGGUCUGCACCUCCGUCACUUCGGAGCAGCUCAACCAGCUGCUGGGGAGCAUCAUGAAGAUCGUCGUUAACAACCUGGGUAUAGAUGAGGCCUCCUGGAUGAAGAGAUUGGCAGCUGCUCUGGAGAAAGAGAUGUAUGAGGACCGUCAGUCUUUCAAGAAGCAGCUGAAGGAGCACCAACAAUCCUCACCUUAA